UCGGACGGCGUGAAAGGUGGAACGCCGUGGACAGCGGGGCGUCCACGCUCUCGGUGAGGGGCGAGCCGAUUCUCCAGCCCGUUCGACAACGACGCCGCCACGACGGCCAACUUUUGCACCACCCGGGCCCAGACAGCGGGCAAAAUCAAACUUAAACCGGGAGGCCGAGACCGACUAACCCACAGUCGAGGCUCAAGCGGCAACAGGACCUCAAAAUGGCGACGGAUUUCGCGGCCGGCUGCGUUGGAGGAGUGGCUGGCGUGGUUGUAGGACAUCCCCUGGACACAGUCAAGGUGCGAAUACAGACACAAUGUGCAAGAAAUCCGACGUAUCGAGGAACAUUUCACUGUCUCCACAGUAUUCUAGUCAAAGAAGGAACGCGGGGCCUGUACCGCGGCCUGACGUCUCCCAUGUUCGGCGUGGCGGCCGUGAACGCGCUCACCUUCGGCAUCCAGGGCAACGUGCGCCGGCUGAUGGCAGACCCGGACUGCCUGAGCGCCCAGUGCCGGGCGGGUAUGAUCGCCGGCGGCUGCCAGGCGAUCGUCGUCAGCCCGAUGGAGCUGGUCAAGAGCCAGCUGCAGGUGCAGAGCGACACCACCGGCAUGGGCAGGCGCUUCUUCAGAUCGCCGUGGGACUGCUGCCGCCAGCUGUAUGCCAGCACCGGCUGGCGUGGUCUGAUGCGCGGCUACUGGAUCACCGUGGCCCGCGAGGUGCCCGCCUUCGGCCUCUACUUCGGCACCUACGAACUGCUCACCACCGGCCUGGUCGGUGACCAGCGCAAGAGCCUGUCUCACAUGCUGCUGGCGGGCGGCAUGGCCGGCGUCGCCUCCUGGGUCUUCACCUACCCCAUCGACGUGGUCAAGACGCGCAUUCAGACCGAUGGCAUGGCCGGCAUCCAGCUCUACUCGGGCUACAUCAACUGUGUGCACCAUACAUUCCAGCGCGAGGGCUGGCGCGGCUUCGUGCGCGGUGUUAACUCGGCCUCGAUCCGCGCCUUCCCCACCAACGCCGUCACGCUGGCCGUGGUGUCCGUCAUCUUGGAGCUGAACCAGGAGCGCAGGCGCGCCGCUGCCACCGCCCAGGAGUCGCUGCAGCUGCCUGAGGAGCCGCCACGACGGCAGCUGCUCGGCCAGCAGCUGCCGCUGGGCCCGCUGGGCUCGCUCGGCGCGCCGCAGAUCACCGUCACGCAGAUGACCGUGCAGAUCGAGACCAGCGACGGUGGCGACGCGGCGCGCCGGCGCAAGGCGACCAUCCGGCUGGACGGCCAGAUGGCGCUGGGGCAGCUGCGCUGCUUGCUGGACCGCGAGGUGGAGGCUCUGCAGGGCCAGCUGCUGGGCCCAGGCGGACAGUCGGCUCUGCCCAUCAGUGCGCAGAGGGCGCCCGUGGCGCCGGAGCCGACCGAAUGCGAGGCGCAGCCGAAGGGCGGCGCCACUGGCGGGACAGCCGCUGUCACCGCGCCGCCCGCCGCAGCCGCCGGUGAUGGCGACGAGGAGGAGGAGGAACAACUGGAGAUGCAGACCGACGUACUACCCUGCCGCCACGUGCGCCGUGAGACUACUGUCGUCACGCACAUCGUCGAGUACGAUGUGGGCGACGACCAGAUGUCAAGAUUAUUGGAGACAGCGGCUGUUUAGUGGCUCCGGGCGCACAGAAGCGUGGAUGUGCCCUGCCGGCUGCUUUGAUCGCGGUUCUGUCCUCGAAUUGUCACAGUGACGCCCCGCAAUCGAUGUAAGUUUUCUCCACAUGGUUUCAAUGCCUUCCAUAAGGGUUGUGAUGCCGUCUGGAAAUGCUCGUAAUACUAUGAUCGAAUGUCAACAUCGCGACCGGGUGAUUGCAAUUUCGGUAACUAACACAUCCGUCCCAAUCCGUCCAUUUGUACUCCAUGUUGAAUGAAUGCCUGUUUUUUUUUUGUUCUUUUUUACGGUCGGGAUUUGACCUGACCGUACGGCCAACCGUGCAAUGACCUAAUGUAGGAGCAUAUCUGCUGGUUAGUGCGUAUUGUGCGUUGAAUGGUUUGACGGCCAGGGGUCGGAAUGGGGUUAGGGGCGAGGGAAUAAUCCAGUCAGGGUCGCCCACCGUUUGGUAUUUUGGAAACGGUGCGGCGGGCAAGCAUGUGUGGAAAUGUUGCGCUCCUUGUGCCCUUUUGUCAUGGUUUGUGGGCCUGGGCAUGCUGAAAGUUGAAUAUGAAAUGUCAAGACUGCUCUAAGCGAAGCGAUUCCUUGCUCUUUUGCGCAAUUAUUUUGUUCUUUGUACGGGAUGUAUGGAUUGACGUUCUUACCAUUACUUCUGCAUAAAUGCGAGGGCUGGGUGUACAAUGGUUUGGGUAGUGGACCGUCAGGAUUCACAUCUGUGUCUGUCAUAUGUAGCUUCUCCUGAUGCGGUAUGCGAAAUGUAGCUUCUCCUGAUGCGAUAUGCGAAAUGUAGCUUCUCCUGAUGCGGUAUGCGAUAUGUAGCUUUUCCUGAUGCGGUAUGCGAAAUGUUGGUUUUCCAAUGAUGCACUCCCGCAGUGGGGGCUGCUAGUGCCCGUCAUUGUGCCUCCCAUGGCUGGCAAAUCACGUUGCACGCUCGUACCGUGGGCUGGUUGUGGGAAGGCUGCUGCAUGAGCAUGGUGAAGCCAGACGGUGGUCCUCACCAUAUGAGUCGGAGACCGUGGGCUUUGAGGUUUUCUGCGAUGUUCUGAGGAAGAGGAGGUGCUUUUAUUGUUAAUGUCAAGCCAUUUUAAAGUGUUUGAUGUGUUGUUUUGAGUGAUAUCAUGCUAAUGCUCAGACAAUGUGCAACUAAUGGUGAUAGUUCGAAGUGGAGAAAUGAACAUGGAGUGGUGAUCUGAG